AUGGCUGGAAUCCCAGAGCGUGUAGUCUCGGCAGCUGAGCGUCUGAAAGACCUUCCCUUACUCGCUCUUCCUACCGACUAUCCGAGACCACAAGUCAACCGUGUCGUCGAUGCCACCGUUGCGGCCCAUCUGCCCGACGUCGCUGCAAAAGCCCUGAUCAAGCUUGCAGUCUUUACAGAUGAGACGGAUAGCGAGGACCAACCACUUCCUUCUGCAUUCCACUGCCUUUUGACUGCAUUCACCGUCCUCCUCCAUCGCUACACGGGCGACACUGACCUCCUUAUCGCCUCGUCCUCGCAGGCAUCGCCCGAUCCGCUUCUGUUACGCGUUCCAGUCGAACCCAAUGAUCCAUUCUGGGCCGUCCUCCGUCGCAUCCAGCUUGCCGAGCGUGAAGCAGAGGACAACGUCGUCCCGUAUGAAGAGGUCCUGCGCGCCGUGAGCAAGCACUCGGGUGCACAAGAUGGCCCCCAAAGACCCCUUUUCCGCGUACGGUUCUUUGACGAGACGGAUGAGGGGUCGGGUAGCUCUUUCAUUCGGAGCACCAGUCCGACGACAGAUCUCACCGUCUUUGUGCUACGUGAGUCAGCGUCGUCCCGACAUUCUUUGGCUCCCUCGAUCACUCUUCGAAUAUCAUACAAUGCUCUCUUAUUCACCUCGGCAAGGAUAUCGUUCAUGCUGGAACAAAUUGCCCAGCUCCUUUCCGUGGUGGCAAAGGAUCCCUUGUACGCCGUAGGUUUGAUCCCCCUAGUCACAGAAAGCCAGAAAAAGGUACUUCCCAGUGCCACCGCGGACCUCAACUGGUGCGACUGGAAAGGAGCCAUUCCAGAUAUUUUCACUGCGAAUGCCCGGCGGUGGCCUGAUCGCGCAUGCGUUGUACAAUCAAGUAUAGAAUCAAGCGUUCCUGCUGGAAUUAGGGUCACCUUUACCUACUCAAUGAUCCUACGAGCCGCAAAUAUCGUCGCUCAUAAACUCAUCUCGGGUGGCAUCAAACGAGAAGACGUCGUCAUGGUCUAUGCGUACAGAAGUGUCGAACUAGUCGUUGCUGUCAUGGGCAUCCUCAAAGCUGGAGGAACUUUCUCGGUUAUCGAUCCGGCAUACCCACCUAGUCGCCAGAACAUCUAUCUCAAAGUUGCACGCCCAAGGGGUCUCAUUGUGCUCAAGGGAGCAGGCACAAUUCACAAGUCUGUACGAGAAUUCAUCGAUACAGAGCUUGAAAUUUGUGCGGAAAUUACGGCGCUCGAAAUGUCCACCGUCACUGGCAAGGUAGAAGCUGGUGACAAUUGUCUCGGGGACGUCGAGCAAUUAGCAGACACAGAUCCAGCAAUCCCGUUAGGUCCAGACAGCAUCGGCACAUUGUCCUUCACAAGCGGUAGCACAGGCAUUCCGAAGGGAGUGAAGGGAAGACACUAUAGUCUCACUCACUUCUUCCCGUGGAUGGGGCAACGAUUUGGUCUUGGAGAGGACUCCAAGUUUACAAUGCUGAGUGGCAUUGCUCAUGAUCCCAUCCAGCGAGAUAUGUUUACACCACUCUUCUUUGGAGCGCAGCUGCACGUCCCGACUGCCGACGAUAUUGGCACGCCCGGUAGGCUUGCGGAAUGGAUGGCGGCAAGCGAAGUUACGGUGACUCAUCUCACGCCGGCGAUGGGUCAACUCCUUUCUGCACAAGCCACAUGCCAGAUUCCAAGUUUGCGUAAUGCCUUCUUCGUAGGCGAUAUCCUCACCAAGCGGGAUUGUCUCCGGCUUCAAAGUCUAGCCGCAAACGUGCGCAUCAUUAAUAUGUAUGGGACAACCGAGACGCAACGUGCUGUUUCCUACUUUGCAAUUCCGCCACUCUCAGAGGACUCGAGCUUCCUCGCCACACAAAAGGACAUCAUGCCGGCCGGCCAAGGCAUGAUUGAUGUCCAACUCCUCGUCGUCAACCGAAAUGACCGCACAAUACCCUGCGCUGUAGGAGAGGUCGGAGAGAUUUAUGUUCGUUCCGGAGGAUUGGCUGAAGGCUAUCUGGACCAAGCGGCAUCGUCGGAAAAAUUCGUCAACAAUUGGUUUGGUUCAAGCCAAUGGUCAGACACUAUUGCCACUCCACCAAAUGGAAACCCCGGUCCCGAAGCUCAAUUCUGGAAAGGCAUUCGGGACAGGAUGUACCGAACUGGCGACCUUGGCCGCUAUGACGCGAAUGGUCUAGUCGAAUGUACUGGGCGUGCCGAUGACCAGGUCAAGAUACGUGGCUUCCGUAUCGAACUAGGCGAGAUAGACACCCACCUUAGCCAGCAUCCACUCAUUCGCGAAAACGUCACACUCGUACGACGAGACAAGGAUGAAGAAAAGGUGCUCGUCAGCUACUUUGUAGCACUCGCUGGCCCGGAUCUCGACAGCGUGAUGAGUGACGUCGAAGUCGUCGAGGAGGGCGACUUGGCUGCACCCCAGCGCUACCGCAGGCUCAUCAAGGACUUGAGAGAGUAUCUCAAGAAGAAGCUUCCCAUUUACAGCGUGCCGAGCCUAUUCGUUCCAAUGCGCAGGAUGCCGCUCAAUCCAAACGGAAAAAUCGACAAACCCAAACUUCCUUUCCCGGACACCGUCCAAGCAGCACCCAGAGAGCAAAAGCUCUCCGAUGCAAACUCUCUUACGCCGACCCAGAAGUCCCUCUCCGAAAUCUGGGCCAAAUUGCUUCCGAAUGGCCCUUCACCUAUUCCACUGGACGAAAACUUUUUCGACAUUGGUGGACACUCCAUCUUAGCCACCCGCCUCGUAUUCGAAAUUCGCAAGACCUUUGUUGUAGAGGCACCGCUCAGCCUUAUUUUCGAUCAGCCUACUGUCAAAGGCCUUGCGUCUGCAAUUGAUGCGUUACGUCACGAUGAUCUGACUGCCACAAAUGGGCCACCACCAGAGCAGCCCAGCACGAAAGCAGAAAUUUCCUAUGCCACAGACUUGGACAUGCUAUGUACUUCUCAUCUCCAAGAAAAGUACACUCCAGUCACAUCACUUCCCGUUGACACCAAGUUGACAGUGUUCCUCACGGGUGGUACUGGGUUCCUCGGUAGCUUUAUACUCGCGCACCUCUUGAGCCUUGAUACUGUGGCCAAGGUCAUUUGUCUCGUUAGAGGCAAGAACGAGGAAGAUGCGCUUAAGAGGCUUCAUUCUUCUAUGGAUGACCGAGGACUAUGGCACGCGUCGUGGAUUGAUGAAGGCCGCUUGGCGGUCGUCUCGGGAGAUUUGAGCGAGCCUCAUUUCGGACUUUCGAACGAGACAUGGGACACUCUGUGCGAGGCCGUCCACUCUGUGGUUCAUAACGGUGCACUCGUACACUGGGUGUAUCCGUACGCCAAGCUGCGUGGUCCAAACGUGCUUGGGACGUUGACGGCCAUGGAAUUAGCAGUAGCCAAACGCCCAAAGCUUUUCAGUUUUGUGUCAUCAACCUCUGCGAUUGACACAGAGUAUUACGUCAAGCUGUCUGAUUCGACAGGCAAUGGCGUUCCAGAAGAUGACGACUUGGAAGGCGCGAGAAACGAACUCCGCGUCGGCUAUGGGCAGUCAAAAUGGGUCUCAGAGAAGCUCAUCAUGGAAGCAGGCAAGCGGGGCAUGUCAGCACAUAUCGUGAGGCCGGGAUACGUACUCGGUCACUCCCAAACUGCAAUCACAAAUACAGAUGACUUCAUUUGGAGAUUAGUCAAAGGGUGCAUCCAACUCAAGCUCGUCCCAGAUAUCUCGAACACCGUCAAUAUGGUCCCUGUCGACUAUGUCGCUGCCGUCGUGGCCUUUUCGGGCAUCUCUCCCUCGUCUGGAGUCUCUGUGCUUCAUAUCGCUGCACGGCCCCCAAUCACGUUCAACCAGCUAUUCACAACAUUAGCAGCCUACGGCUACGACGUUUCAGUAUGCGAGUACGUGGUGUGGCGCGGUAAACUGGAGCAGCACGUGCUCGAAGCCCAAGAUAAUGCCCUCUUCCCACUACUUCAUUUCGUAUUGGACGACCUUCCGAGGAGCACACGUGCUCCCGAGCUAAGCAUCAAGAACACCGAGGCCUUGCUCCAAUCGAACGGAUUGCAAGGGUCAAUGAAACAGACUGUAGACGCAGAGACUGCUGGGCUUUACUUAUCCUGGCUCAUCAGCGCAGGUUUCCUGGACCCUCCUACGCAAGGGGGUUCUUUGGCGUUGCCGACAUUGUCUGGAAAGGCAAAAGCGAUUGGAAGAAGCGGCGCACAUUGA